CACAAAUAUGCAGUAUAUAGGCCCACUUUUAAUAUUAUCAUAUUGGGUACCCUAUAAUCAAGAUAAUUAGUGCGGAAAUAUAGGUGUUAAGGUGGGUGAAUUACACGUGUCUGCCUGCAGCCUUUUAGUAUAUCUUUCUGGGUCAUCAGGUGAAACCAACUGAUUAACCGAAGAAAAUCGAUAUAGGGAGUAUAGAGAGUGUGACCAGUAAGCAGUUUUUACGCAUUCAUACUUAGAUACGCUGCGGUAAAACUCGCAGGACGCAGGAGGUAAAAUUAUUGCUACUCAAACUAGUAUCAGGAGGGGAUUUUAGACGCAAUCACAGUAUCACCGGAAAUCAAUCUGUCUUACAGGAUCUCAUCGGAAGUCGUUUGCCUUGUUGUUGCUGCCUUCACGCGGGGUGUCUCUGCAGACGGGACCGGGGCAGCUGGAUGAUGAUGGCGUUAACGAGGCUGCUGCUGCUGCUGGAGUGGGCUCUGUACAUCAGCUGUUUCGUCUGUGGGAUUGUUACCGCAGCGUCCGUUACCAUCGUCCAGGGUAAUUUUGGAGGUCGGUGUAUGCUGUAUGGGCAGGUCAGCUACAAUGCCUCGGUGCAGCUCAUCAGAGUCCAGUCGUCCAGCUCCUCAUCUCUUUGUUAUUUUGUGUCGGCCAUAUCAGUCAUGGUGGCAGUGGUGUGUUUCUCCCUGUCUGUGUACGGGGUGUACGCUUUCUGCACCGACGGGGAAAUCAAAAGGGAGCGCGUGUGGAUGAACGUGAUUAUUGUCGUUUGUGGCAUUUUUCUGUUCUUCCUGCUCGUCACUGGCUGCAUGUUGAAGAUCGGGCGCGACUCUCUCUGCGCCUCCAUCGUGCACACCGUUCCCAACGUUACCAGCUGUGAUGAAGCCCAGAGUAGAAAAUGGGUCAGUCCACUUGAAGGAGGGAGGUUCUACAGCAGUCUGCACAAAGCUGAGACGGCAGUAUGGGUCAACUUCUUCUUCUGGCUCAUCAUCGGGGUUCUGGUGGUCAUUCAGAGGCGUCAGGGUUCAGGGGUUAAGCUGAUUGCCGGCACACCAGCCGGAAGCCUUUUCGGGGAUACGAGCGGGACGGCCGAAGAGACCGAGCCAUUUUUCAACCGUCCUGGAAGGCCGCAGUGAGGGACGGGUGUGAGCGAGGAGCUACACAAACAACAUAAGACAAAGUGAUCAUGUGGGAGCAGGAGUGGAAAAAGGAUAAAUCAGGUGUUUCAGUGAGCAUCCUUUUGAUAUUAGAGGGUGUCACAGAAAUUAGUAUUUGGGUUUAAGAGUAUGUAGAAAUGCCAUAAAUCAACUCCCCCAUUUGACCAGGAUGGGAUUUGAAUGCACACACACAGAGCACAAUGGAUUAUCAGUCCAUCGCCUUAACCACUUGGCCUGUGUGUGUGUGUGUGUGUGUGUGUGUGUGAGUGAGGGCACACUGGAAACUCUGAAGCGCUGUAACUGAAUUUACCCGUUUCUCACAUCUCACCCACCGCUUCACGUCAAAGUGUGGAUUCCUCAGAAAUGUUUUUCAUUCAGAAAGCGCUUCUGUUCAGUUUGUUUACACCGCCAACAAAUGCGAGGGUGUUUAUCGCAGGCAUUCCUUUUAUAAUUUAAAUGUGCUCAGUUGUACUUUUGAUGAGUGCUAGAAAUUUUCUACAUAAAACACUUUUUUUGUUUUUUUGUUUUUUUUUUACUCAUUUCACAAAACCUGUAGCUACAAUAGACUAUUUUAACACACUUUGUUUUUCUGGACUGUAAAAUUCUAACACAUUGCUUUCUUCAAAUUUUAAGGUGUCCUUAUUUUCUGACAUCUCAUGGCUUCCAAAAUCGUUCAGUUAUUGAUCUGCGUGGCGACGAUGUCAUUAGAAAUGAAAUGGACAGAAAUAAAAAGAAAAACGUGAAAAACA